AUGGACAAGCUGCCCCCCUCGAUGCGGAAGAGGCUCUACAGCCUGCCCCAGCAGAUCGGGGCCAAAGCUGGCAUCAUGGACGAAGAGGAAGACGGCGGCGAGAAGGAGCCGGGCAGGAGGAGCAUUAAACUGAGACCCCUUCCCUCGCCCUCUGGCGGGGGCGCACGGGGGCUGGGAGACAUCAAGGCAGGAGAGGGCAGCUUCAUGGAAACAGAUGUCAGCAGGACUGUUAAGACCAGCACGAAUGGGGACUGCCGCCGGUUCCGAGGGAGCCUGCCCUCGGUUGCGAGCAGGCACCUCCAGGACCCCGAUGUGGCGGAGGAGAAACGCCUCAUCGGGGAAGGGGAGUCCACUCCCAGCGAGGACACGAACGGCAGCGACGGCUCGGCGUCCGACCAGAGCUGCGAAGCAGACGCCAAACAGGAGGCAGCAACCGAUCAGGAACCCAACCUGGCUUUCCUCAAAGUGGACGGCGCCGACCAGAUAUUCUUGGACGACGAUCUGCGGGCCAGCCAAACGGGCUUCAUGCAAAGACAGUUUGGAGCCAUGCUCCAGCCGGGAGUUAACAAAUUUUCCCUAAGGAUGUUUGGGAGCCAGAAGGCUGUGGAGAGGGAGCAGGAGCGCGUCAAGUCGGCUGGUUUUUGGAUAGUCCAUCCUUACAGUGACUUCAGGUUCUAUUGGGACCUGACGAUGCUUCUCCUCAUGGUGGGAAACCUGAUCAUCAUUCCUGUGGGAAUCACGUUCUUCAAGGAUGAAAACACCACCCCCUGGAUAGUCUUCAAUGUCGUGUCUGACACCUUCUUUCUUGUCGAUCUAGUGCUGAAUUUCAGAACGGGGAUUGUUGUGGAGGACAACACGGAGAUUAUUUUAGACCCGCAGAGGAUCAAGAUGAAAUACUUAAAAAGCUGGUUUGUGGUGGACUUCAUAUCCUCCAUUCCAGUGGACUAUAUUUUUCUAAUAGUUGAAACGAGGAUUGACUCGGAAGUUUAUAAAACUGCCAGGGCACUGCGGAUUGUAAGAUUCACCAAAAUCCUCAGUCUUCUUCGGUUGCUUCGGUUAUCCCGACUAAUUCGUUACAUCCAUCAAUGGGAAGAGAUCUUCCACAUGACCUACGACCUGGCAAGUGCAGUGGUGCGGAUUGUUAACCUCAUUGGGAUGAUGCUGUUGCUAUGUCAUUGGGAUGGCUGCCUCCAGUUCCUGGUACCUAUGCUGCAGGAAUUCCCAGAUGACUGCUGGGUGUCUCUCAAUAAUAUGGUGGAUGACUCCUGGUCGAAGCAGUACUCCUAUGCACUGUUCAAGGCAAUGAGCCACAUGCUGUGCAUCGGAUAUGGAAAACAGGCACCGGUUGGCAUGUCUGACGUCUGGCUGACUAUGCUUAGCAUGAUCGUAGGAGCUACCUGCUACGCCAUGUUCAUCGGCCAUGCCACAGCUCUCAUCCAAUCAUUGGACUCUUCUCGGAGGCAGUAUCAAGAGAAGUACAAGCAAGUGGAGCAGUACAUGUCCUUCCACAAGCUGCCAGCUGACAUGCGCCAGCGAAUCCACGAUUAUUACGAACAUCGAUUUCAGGGCAAGAUGUUUGAUGAGGAGAGUAUACUUGGGGAGUUGAGUGAUCCUCUCCGUGAGGAAAUCAUAAACUUUAACUGCAGGAAGCUGGUGGCCUCCAUGCCACUCUUUGCCAACGCAGAUCCCAACUUUGUCACAUCCAUGCUAACUAAGCUACUCUUCGAGGUCUUCCAGCCUGGCGACUACAUUAUCCGCGAGGGGACAAUAGGAAAGAAGAUGUACUUCAUUCAACACGGGAUUGUCAGUGUCCUUACAAAAGGCAAUAAGGAGACCAAGUUGUCGGAUGGGUCCUACUUUGGAGAAAUCUGCUUGCUGACCCGUGGCCGUCGAACAGCAAGUGUACGAGCCGACACUUACUGCAGGCUGUACUCCCUCUCUGUAGACCACUUCAAUGAAGUGCUGGAGGAGUAUCCAAUGAUGAGACGCGCCUUUGAAACAGUGGCUCUCGACAGACUCGACAGGAUAGGCAAGAAAAACUCUAUACUGCUCCAUAAAGUGCAACAUGAUCUGAACUCUGGUGCCUUGAACUAUCAGGAGAAUGAGAUAAUCCAGCAGAUUGUACAACACGACAGGGAGAUGGCACAGAAUAUCCAAAAUAAUCCAGGGCCCACGGUUUCCACACCAGCACCAGUCAUCUGGACACCACUGGUUCAAGCCCCACUGCAAGCAGCAGCAGCAACCACAUCUGUGGCAAUCGCACUCACACAUCACCACCCACGCCUGCAGGGGAGUAUGUUCCAGUCGCCGGUGUCCAUUCUAAAUUCAGUGGGACAAGGCAGUCAAACCCCGAGGCAGUUGAAGCAGAUGCAAUAUUCUGCUCCUACCACAGGCCCCUCGUCAAUGGGCUCUCCGUCCAGUACAGCAUCCCAAUUACAGACUCCCUGUGCAGAAUCCCCCUCAGCCGCUCUCUUUCAGACCCACCAGCUCAAAAGCGGAUCUGCUUCCAGCAGCUUGAGUCAGCUCCAGCAGCUCGCAACCAGCUCUCCCACCACGAGCUCGGCUCCUGCUCAUUCAGGUGCAACUUCAACUAGUUUGAGUCAAAUUCAGCCAUCCAGAGCAAGCUCACCUGCGUCCAGCCUUGGCCAACUCCAACAGUUUUUGAGCAACUCACCUGCGUCUGGUGUCCAACCGUCUUCGCUGGGAUCAUCCUCCCCUAUCUUCACGCAUCUCCACCAACCUUCAUCUAGCCCAACUGCCAGUGGCUUUAGCCAAUUCCAAUUCACUACCAAAUCACCUCCGGUGAGCACUGGUCACCUUCAGUUUCCAGGCAGUGCACCAUCAGUGGGACUGAAGCAGUUCCCGCACCUAACACCCAGCUCUCCCUCAGCUGGUCAAGUUGGAACAGGUUCCCCUUCAUCCAGCACAAGUCCCGUCCCUCAAGCAGCUUCAAGCUCCCCAUUGGCGCGCUUUCAAAUGCCACAAAGUGGGCGAGGACAGCAGCCGUGCUCUGUGAUCCAAGUUCAACCAGAAAAACUCUGCUAUUCAUCGGCUGCUGUGUCACCACUACAACAUUCAGGUGCUGCUUCUCUGUCCUGCACUCUUAAUGCUCCAAGUCCUCCAGUUCAAAGUCCAGUGAGUAAAAGAACAUUUCAAUGUGUCUCGCCUGAUACAUCAGGCUCCCACUCUCCUAUCCUGAUGCCACAAACCCCUACAGCCCUUCAGCAGAUCAUCACUCUAAAAAGUACGCAGCCAUUGCCAAUUGGACACUUCACGCAGGACGUUAAGGUAAUCUCUGCCUCUCAGCCAACCUUGCCCCAAGAGUUGGCGCAAGCAAUGCAUCGAAGCAGUCCUUCCUCAGUAAGAGAGUCCGUGGGCAGUGGGACCACCUUUUCUAGACCCAGGCGCCUGAGUAAACCUUGCAGCUCCAUUCCUGAGCGUAUGACUCUACCUAGACAGAUGUCGUCAGGCUCUUUACCUCAACCACAAGGACAAGUACCUGGAGCAUCUGCUACUACUUUUCCAACCCCAUUAUCUAAAGACGAAACUGUUCCUCAGAAGGGAUCAGUAACCUUUGAAUCUGAUUUAGAACCUGUCCGGUCUAAGCUCCCUUCCAACUUGUGA